AUAAGUGCCCGGUGGACGCGGCUAAGCUAACGGUGGUGGUGAACAACAUCGCGGUGGCGGAGCAGAUCGGAGAGCUGUUCAUUCACUGUAAAUACGGCUGCAGGGCCACAGCCAUCGCUGCAGGGGGCGCCGCGGCCCCCCCCACCACCACCGUGGCCGGGAAGCCAGGAGUGUUCGAGGUGGACCCGCUGGGAUGCCCCUUCACCAUCAAACUCACCACACGCAAAGAGCAUGAAGCCAGCUGUGACUACAGGCCGGUUCGAUGCCCGAACAACCCCUCCUGCCCCCCCCUGCUCACCAUGAACCUGGAGGCUCACCUCAAAGAGUGUGAGCACAUCAAGUGUCCUCACUCCAAGUACGGUUGCACGUUCAUCGGGAACCAGGACACGUAUGAAACUCACCUGGAGGUUUGUAAGUUCGAGGGUCUGAAGGAGUUCCUGCAGCAGACGGACGACAGGUUCCACGAGAUGCAGCUGACCCUCGCUCAGAAGGACCAGGACAUCGCCUUCCUGCGCUCCAUGCUGGGGAAACUCUCGGAGAAAUUAGAUCAGCUCGAGAAGAACCUGGAGCUCAAGUUUGACGUGUUGGAUGAGAACCAGAGUAAACUGAGCGAGGACCUGAUGGAGUUUCGUAGAGACGCGUCCAUGCUUAACGUAAGUGUGUGCCAGAGACAUAUUAUUCACUCUCUUUAA